CGCAGACUGUACAAGCAGCUUUUCCUGGUCCAAGUUGUCAUAUGACGGGAGUGAAGUGGCUCCGGGUGGACGCGGCCGUCUAAACUGUACACUCUAUUCAUAGAUGGCGGUGAUAUCUGACGAUAUGGCAGACUGAGCCUGUAACAACAAUGUCACUCCAAGCUCCUCGCACAUCAGUGUUCACCUUCCAGUCAGGGGUACACAGCGCCCACGUGCUCCAGUGUCUGAACGAGCAGCGGCAGCGGGACGUCCUGUGUGACGUGACGGUGGUGGUGGAGAACAGGAGCUUCAGGGCACACUGCUGCGUCUUGGCCUCCUGCAGCGAAUACUUUCGCAGUAGAGUGACUGGUGUCACCAAGCAGAAUCCCAUCAUCACGCUGCCUGAUGAGGUGACUGUGGAAGGAUUUCAACCUCUGCUGCAAUUUGCCUACACAUCGAAACUGCUCUUCACCAAAGAAAACAUUCACGCCAUCCGCAGCGGUGCUGAGUUCUUGGGAUUUCACACUUUGGAGUCGGGAUGCUUCGAUUUCCUCAUCCCGAAGUUUGAUGAAGGCAAAGGAACCUCGCGGAAGGCCAGGCGUCGAGUCUGUUGUCAGAGCUGGGACUCCGGUGCCACUGUUGGCUGUGGCGCAGAGAGCAGCGAGCCGGAAUCAUGCGAGUCACACAGCUCAGUGCCUUCAGCAGGUGACGAACAAACGGACCUCCCGUCGCAGUGUCCUCGAGCACUGCAGGGUCAAACAAACGGCGGGGCGGAAGAGCUGUGUUUGGAGAACUGUGGGCCACAGAUGAUCCCCUUAGCUCAGGAGUUAACAGCAAGUGGCUUGUGCCCCAUGUUGGCAUGCUCAGAUUCUGACAACGCAGAACAUCCCGCUCAGCUCUGUGAAAGAGACGUUUUAGAGAGCUUGGAUGACUGUGGUGAGCUGUCGACCACCAGGGACGCGGCUCCGCCAGACGUUACUGAACCAGCAGCAGACGAUGUUAAACAGACGGUUGAGACACUUGGUGCUGAGAGCCACUGUAAUCCUGGUUCACUGCUCAGCACCUCAGCAGAAAACGACUGCAGCGCGUUGUUAGAGCAGAGCGACGCCGGCUUUGAACAGAGAGCGGCAGGUGACCUUUCAGACAGCAAACUGACUCCUACAAGCCAUGAAGAGGGCCCUGAGGAGAGGAGCAGCGUUGAGAGAGAAGUGGCUGAACAUCUGGCAAAGGGAUUCUGGUCUGAACUAUGUCCACCUCAGACUCAACCACCGCUCCUCGAUCACAUGGACCAAAACAAUCUGGCAAAGGCAUCAGACUUCCAUUGGCUUAAGCAGCUGGAUCUGAGCUCCAGCGUAGGAGACUGUCCCUUCUUCAAGGACCUUGGAACAGGUGACGAUCCGACUCCGCCUGCUGACAGUUUGUCCCAGUCGGAGAAGAGUCCGUGCAUGUCCUCCUCUUUCAACUCUGGGGAAGACUCAGAUCUGGACACAGAUGGAGAUACUGACAACAGAAGAGCAGCCGAGAUUCAGCUCCCGUUCCCCGUGGAACAGAUCACGGCGCUGAGCCGGAGCGCCUUCCAGCAGCUUCUGAAACGCCACGAUCUGACUCAAGAUCAGCAGGAGUUUGUCCACGACGUGCGCCGACGAAGCAAAAACCGCGUGGCGGCGCGGCGCUGCCGGAAGAGGAAGCUGGAGAGCGUUUGUCAGCUGGAAAGUGAAAUUACAGACUUGAAAAGCGAGAAGAAGCAGCUGCUGCAGGAGCGGCGUGAGCUGGAGCGGAGCCUGGAGGAGAUGCGGCAGAGCCUGUGUGUCCUCUGCAGGAGCGUCAGCGCGGACGCCGCCGCUGAGCAGGACCACGUGCAGCUUCUGGCCAAGCUCCCCUCACCAGACCUCCCUCUGUGCUCAGCUGGCUGCGUGGGCAAAGACGCAGAGUCCCACAUCACUAUUGAGAUGGUGAGCUGCUCGUCGGCGUGCGACCCGCGUGGGGCGCCCGGCGGCGCCGCUGAGCCCGCUGCACCGGAGCCCAGCGCACACGCUGAGGAGACCGGUUCUCCACAGAGCUGCUCUGUUCCCGAGUCCCUGUUCAGCGCCUGUCUGUAUAUGAACAACACAUUGUAACUGGACUUUCUUACUUUCAUACUGUAAUCUCCUUUGGGGAUAGACAUGCUCUACAUUGUGAUCUCUGAACGAUCCCCCGUCUAAUAGAAACAUCCUAACACACAGCUGUGUCCUUCAUCCUUUUGCUGUAUCUAAUUUUACUGUAAUUAACACAUAAUGUAAAUCUCACUAUUUUGAAGAUUAAGGCAAAUUUCAUGUUUUUCCCAAAUGUUUCUGUGUUUGCAUGAGGAGGAUGAUUUUCUAAAAUGACCUUUGUCUCAGGGAAACUCUCAACCUGACCUGUGUUUGAUGAAAACCUAAUUGUUUUUGCACAUUCACCCAUUGUACACCCGCACACCCUCCAUUGUAAAGGACAGUUCUGUCAUUCUCUGCUCACUAGAAUCAGUUUGGUAUAAUAUGAGCUGUCAUUUUAACAAUAUGCUGUUUUAUACGUGCAAAGAGCUAACAUCACUUUUUACAGUCGAGUUUUAGACUUCGUUACAGCUUCUUAGGAGCAUUAUUUGACUACUAAUGCAUUGUUUAAACAUGUAUCAGCUUCCCGCUAUUUUUGAGGAAUGCUUUCUAGGUGCUUAAAAUUGUUAAAGGGAACAUAAAGAUCUUUAUUUGAUGACGUGCCUUAUGUAGUUGUGUGAAUACUGAAGGUUUCUAAUCUCAAGCACUGCUGCACAUUUAGAGCCCACACUGACAGGGUUCUCUUACAUCUAAGUCUGACUGCAUGGGGAUUUUUUACUAAGUGCUUUUAUGGAUAAGAAAUAAAGAUUUUUGUUACCGUUCAGUGUUUUGUUUCACAAGCAGAGGAAUAUUUUCCACUCUGUCGAUGUACAGUACCAUAAAUUGUCCAGCAGAUGGAAGUACAAAUCUAUUUACUGUCGGCUCUGCUGAGUUUAAUUACCCUACUACUAUAUUACAAUAUUGUAAACUGGACCUCCUGCACAUGUAACAUCAACAUUUCUGGACAUGACUAAACAUCAAAUAAAGUUCAAAGUUUCACAUCUA